CGGCCUGGCCGUGGGAUGUUAGCGGUGGGGGCGAUGGAGGGCACUCGGCAGAGCGCUUUCCUGCUCAGCAGCCCGCCCCUGGCCGCCCUCCACAGCAUGGCCGAAAUGAAGACCCCGCUCUACCCCGCCGCGUACCCCCCGCUGCCCGCGGGUCCCCCCUCCUCUUCCUCCUCCUCCUCCUCCUCGUCGUCGCCCUCCCCGCCUUUAGGCGCCCACAACCCCGGCGGCCUGAAGCCCCCGGCCGCGGGGGGGCUCUCUUCCCUGGGCAGCCCCCCGCAGCAGCUCUCGGCCGCCACCCCACACGGCAUCAACGACAUCCUGAGCCGGCCCUCCAUGCCCGUGGGCUCAGGGGCGGCCUUGCCCUCCGCCUCGCCCUCGGGUUCCUCCUCCUCCUCCUCUUCCUCGUCCACCUCCGCUUCUUCAGCUUCCGCCGCGGCGGCCGCGGCUGCAGCCGCUGCGGCCGCCGCCUCGUCCCCAGCGGGGCUGCUGGCCGGCCUGCCCCGCUUCAGCAGCCUGAGCCCGCCGCCGCCUCCGCCCGGGCUCUACUUCAGCCCCAGUGCCGCAGCCGUGGCCGCCGUGGGCCGGUACCCCAAGCCACUAGCCGAGCUGCCCGGCCGGACGCCCAUCUUCUGGCCGGGAGUGAUGCAGAGUCCGCCCUGGAGGGACGCGCGCCUGGCCUGCACCCCUCAUCAAGGAUCCAUUUUGUUGGACAAAGACGGGAAGAGAAAACACACGAGACCUACGUUCUCCGGCCAGCAGAUCUUCGCCCUGGAGAAGACUUUCGAGCAAACGAAAUACUUGGCGGGGCCCGAGAGGGCUCGCUUGGCCUAUUCUUUGGGGAUGACGGAGAGUCAGGUCAAGGUCUGGUUCCAGAACCGCCGGACCAAGUGGAGGAAGAAGCACGCGGCGGAGAUGGCCACCGCCAAGAAGAAGCAAGACUCCGAGACUGAGCGGCUCAAGGGGGCUUCGGAGAACGAGGAGGAGGACGACGACUACAACAAGCCCUUGGACCCCAACUCGGACGACGAGAAAAUCACGCAGCUGCUGAAGAAGCACAAGUCCGGUGGCGGCGGCGGCCUCCUGCUGCACGGGUCCGAGACGGACGGCGCGUCCUGAGAGCCACUGCCCUGCUGCCGCCGGGGGCCGUGGGGCCGCGGGGCCGCGAGUUCGCGAGCCCUGCCUUCCCGCCCCGCCUGCGGGGCCCUUUGCUAUUUUGAGAUGUACAUAUCUAUUUUUUUAACCUAGAAGUUGAGGGAGGAGGGGAGGAGAGACUUGGGGUUGGUGAGAAGGCAGAAAAGACAACGAGAUGCGAUGCGUCAAGAACGCAACGGAAGCUAGCCUCUGGACCCCUCUCCCAGGCCCGCUGGGUACCCCGACCCCGCACCCCGCGCCCCGCGGCGGGAGCGGCCUCCAUCCCUGCCCACUCACGUGUCCAGGCCCCAGCGCUUGGCAGGGACGGGGGUGGGGGCUCAGGGAAGGCUUUUCGAAGGACGGACAUCCACUGUGUUGGGGACCUCGGAGCUAAGCGUGCGGGCAGCCGCCUCAGAUGGGAAGAGGGACGUUUCUCUCUCCCCUACAAACUGCUGUGCGGACUAAAGUAACCUGUUGAAGGCCCUUUGUAAAUAAAUCGUGAGUCACACUGACAAGAAAUUACUUUAUUGUUAAUAUUUAAAAUGUAAAACGCUUUUUUGGAAUUUGGUAUAAAAAGAUGGACAUCCUUCCUUCUCUCUGUCCCUCUUAAGAGCUGUUCAAACCACACGUUCCCCUUUUAUUUUGAACGUCAUUGAAGAAGCAUAGAAAAGAAUAUCCUCAGCUUCCCUCUCCAGCUACUCUGCCGGGUUUGGGUUUGUAGUAUCUCAUUUCCCCCUCGUCCCUUCUCGAUUUUCCCGACCACCCCUGGCCCCCCGCCCGCCUCCAGCCUCUUUGCCUCCAGGACUUGAAGUAGAAGACGUGGAACUAGGAAAGGGGGUUCCUCUCUGAAAUUGCACAGUCGUUUGUUGCUAUUUAUUAGUGAUUUAAAGAAAGUAUUGGGAAGGGAGGGGCUACAUAGCUUGUAUUUAAUUUAACUCCUUUCUGAUAAAAAUGCGUGUUAAAGUAGAUGGUGGGAAUCGUUACAACUGCUCUGGGUCAGAAACAUAAAAAUCCAUUUAGUUGCUAUAAUUGAAUUUGAAGUGUUUUGUAUGAUAAGAAUACUACAGACUAUGUAAAUUGUUUUCUUUUUAAAGCUGAUAACGGUGAUAUAUUAGCAUCUUUAACUUUUAUUAAUUUAUAUAAGAAAUUUGGGUUGUAAAGAGAAAAGACCCCCCCCCCGCAAGACCAGUUAAAUGUAAUGCACUUUGUUUCAAAGGAUAAAUCAAAUUAAAAAAAAGUUUGAAGAUGUCUGUUGCCUUGAAUGAAAGGGUACAGAUAAUCUGAUCUCAUCAGAGAUCUCAAAUAAAAGUCAAGACCACAAAAAUCUUA